UGCUCAUAAUCCUGUGAUUCCCAUUCCUGUAUCAUCAACACAAGCUUCUGCUUUUAUUUCUGAUCCUCCCUCAUCUGCCCCUGAAGUUUUUGCAAGCCUCAUUUGCCCUCCUGCUCCUUUAUCAACACCUGCUGUCACCACUUCUGUUUCUGAUCCUCCCUUUGCAACAUCUGAAGGUCACAUUCAACCUCCUCUUGUAUUUGAGGACAUUGUAAAGAGGAAAUUUGGGAGUGAAUCAGUUUACUGUGGUAAUACAUGGCAAUCUGUACUGCAAACCUGCAGUGAACUGAAUCAGAUCCAAACAUCAAAGAUGCUGAGUAUUCUAGGAAAACUGAAUGAAGAUACUGAAAUCCAUACAAUCAUAAAGUACCAAAUUGCAAGGGACAUUUAAUGGUGCAUGGUCACAUUGCCUUGGGAGGUGGACUCAAGUUUAUCUCCUCACAUCCUGGAACAUCUCUCAAAGAUCUCUCCUUGUCAGUUUAUCAACAGCAAGAAUCAGUGCAGACUUCCUGAAGGAUUUUCCAGCUAUGUUGACCAGUCUAUUUAUGAGCUUGGUCUGGAGUCAUUCUACUCAAGUGGGGAUGGAAACUGCUUCUAUAAUUCACUAUCCAUACUCGUGUCUGGACAUGAAAGUGACAUUGAAAUUUUUAGACUGGGUGCAGCAAUGUAUGGUCUUGCUCACUAUGACCACAUUGUUGAUGCAAAUGCGACGCAUUUUACUGAUAGAGGUGAUGCUUUGCAGUGGGCAGCCAGUGUGAGCCUUUCACCAAACGAGGUUCAGGAAAUUAAAGACAAAUCCAUUCCAGAAAUUGUCGCAAAAAGGUAACCUUUGCUGCCGGCUUUUUAAAGAAAGCAAUACAACAGCACUGCGAUCUGUCUGGGGCUGUAUGGUACAACACAAAACAAAGUCGUCCUUGUUGCUUCCAGCCAGACAGGGAAGAGGGGCCCUUUCACAUCAUCUGGCUGCCACUUACAGGACAAGGAAACACCUUCAACCAUAUAUGCCCCCUUCUGCCAUGGAAGUGUGGUGCACUGCGUGUUUUGGCGAGGACUUAACACCCAACAUUCAAGUCGCAAUGAGAUGGUGCAGUGCCUUACCUGCUUUGCGUGGUACCACCGCGUUUGUUUGGGCAUACCUUUCGAAGAGGCCAAGGAGUCCACCAUAGUGGAUUGUGGCUGCACGUUGCCCCACCCAUAUCGGAGCCACGACAUGUGAGUGUACAGUGGAAUCCCUAUUUUUCGAACCUCCUGAUAACUCGAACCCUUGAAAUUCUGUUUCCCUUCCCUCAGUCGAACACUGCAACUUUACCCCGAUUCCUAAAGCUACCUUAUUAUUUGAAGAAAGUUUUGUUUAUCUUGAAU